AUGGUUUCAGUGCAACGUUGGUCCAGCGAUUCCAAGAGCCAUAUCUGCGGUGGAACAUUCAUCAGCGAUGUCUGGAUCCUGACCGCCGGGCAUUGUGUCGAAGACCUCGAGUAUAACAAGCCCGGUAUCGUCCGUGUGGAGUCGUCGUUUCACGCAUCAGGGGGCACGUUUCUCACCAUCAACCGUACGGUGCGACACGAAGAUAUGCGAGAUACUCGCAUCGGGAUUGAUUACGAUUUUGGUUUGAUAAAACUGAAUGAUAAGUUUGAGCGAGCCGUGCCGGUGCGUCUUGUGGCUCAUAACAAACGCUUUCCACCUGGUGAGUUUUGCACGGUAAUCGGUUGGGGUCUGACCAAGAACACAGGAGAUCGCGAUCAGCUGCGGAUGGUGAGGAUACCGCUCAUCAGCCAGGAACAGUGUAGAGAGAAUUAUUUCGAUCUGAAUCCUAUUACAUGGCGCAUGCUUUGUGCAGGAUAUGCUCAAGGAGGACGGGACAGCUGCGAGGGUGACUCCGGAGGACCGCUGCUUUGUCGAGGUAUUCAAGUCGGGAUCACUUCGUGGGGAUUGAGUUGUGCCAAACCAAAACUGAACGGCGUCUAUAGUAACAUCGCAAACCAACGGGAAUGGAUUCGGCAACAUACGGGCGUGUAA